AUGGAGUCCUUGACGAAAGACGCCAGCUUGAGCUGGGCCCUGACCACGAUCGCAGUGACCUACCCGCUGACUCUCAGCACCCUGAACACGACUCUGGUCGCACUCUGCGGGCUGUCCACCGGUCUCGGGAUCCUGGCUUGGAGCGUCUUCUGCUUCGGGAUGCCGAGCUCUAGCGCCGCCCUCAACCUGAGUCUCAGCGUCGGGGUGGCCGUCAAGUUCAGUGCUAGGAUGAGCUACGCCUACAUCCGCGCCUCCGGGUCCACGAUGGAGCGGCUUCGGGAAUGUUACCACUCGCACACGCUCCCGAUGAUCCAGACUGCGGGGAGUGUCUUCGUUGGUGCUGUGUCCCUUGCACUCGCCACUCGGGGAUAUGCCAAAGGGCCUUUUAGCUUGGAGCUCAACGCUGUGGCCGGAGUCAUCGCAGCGCUCCACGCUCUUGCUGUCGUCCCUGUUUUCAUGUGCACCUUCAUGCCGGCUUCGAGGCCUCCCGUUAGAGGUGCUAUGGAGAGGAAAAUCCCUUUGCCACGAGGGUACUCGACGUACAAAGUGAAGCCGAGCUUGGACCCGAACCCGCGGAAAUUCGGCGGGAUCCCGCUCCACGGGAUGGUGUCCCCGCAGGAGGUGCGUCCCUUGGGGCGCGGGCGGCCUUGCGCGGGGGCGGGGGUGCGGCGGGGGUUCCAGCGGCUGGACGUCGUCUCGGACCUGGGGACGUCCCUCUCCAGCUCCAGCGAGGCCGAGCCCGACCUCACGGCCCCGAACCCGCGGUGCCUCCGCAAGACUGACGGCGACGUCUUCUUCAAGGAGCGCGAGCACUACGUCCAGAGCCGGAUCCAGUGCCAAGCUUGCUCCGUCCCGCGACACCUCAAACACCAUUUUCCUUUCCUCUCAUCCGCCGAGACGUGGCUUCCCAAGAGAUGA